AUGACUGGCCUCCAGCGACUUCUCCCUUCGCCAGUUGAUCAUAUCUACUUAUACAAGCAGUCAAGCAUUGAGCAAAGAAGGUAUCUCUUUUUCCGGAGACAAAGAACUGCUCCUUAUAGCGUAGUCUGGCCAGCUAUGGUUUCUCCGGCUCAUCCAGUUCCUAAGCACAUAAAGAGGCCAGACUAUGUGACGACAGGCAUUGUACCAGACUGGGGAGACUACAUAGAAAUUAAGAAUGAAGAUCAGAUUCAAGGGCUUCGUCAAGCUUGUCAACUGGCCCGUCACGUCUUGCUUCUGGCUGGAGAGAGUUUAAAGGUUGGCAUGACUACAGAAGAAAUAGACUGCAUGGUUCACCAUGAAAUAAUCAGACAAAAUGCUUACCCAUCACCUCUGGGUUAUGGGGAUUUUCCAAAAUCCGUGUGCACAUCUGUGAACAACGUAGUAUGUCAUGGAAUUCCUGACAGCCGCCCUCUCCAGGAUGGCGAUAUUAUCAACAUUGAUGUCACGGUGUAUUUCAACGGCUACCAUGGUGACACUUCCGAAACACUUUUAGUGGGCAAUGUGGAUGAGUCUGGUCAAAAGUUAGUGGAGGUUGCCAGGAAAUGUAGAGAUGAAGCAAUUGCAGCUUGCAGACCUGAGGCUCCUUUCUCUGUAAUUGGAAACACAAUCAGUGAUAUAGUUCGUCAGAAUGGUUUUCAAGUCUGUCCUCACUUCGUUGGGCAUGGGAUAGGAUCUUUCUUCCACGGCCACCCUGAAGUUUGGCAUCAUGCAAACGAGAGCCGGUUGCAGAUGGAGGAGGGCAUGGCGUUCACAAUAGAGCCCAUCAUCAUGGAAGGGUCGCCGGAAUUUAAAACCCUGCCGGACGGAUGGACCGCGGUGUCGGUGGACAAUAAAAGGUCGGCCCAGUUCGAGCACACCAUCCUCAUUACUUCCAGAGGAGCAGAAAUCCUGACCCGAGCGGCCGGAGAGGCUUGA